AUGUGUUCAUUCACUUAUUUUUCAGUGAAGCCGGGUCCUGCAUUUUGGAAUGAAAUGAAAGCAUUUAUGAUGACCCAUAGUGACGAAUACAAAUGUGAUGGACGAACGAUAGAGCAAAUUGGCGCAGAACUUGGUUUGAAUGCUUAUUUGAUUCAACGUGUUCAACAAGAUGCUUUUAAAUCUGAUAAAAUUGCUAUGAAUGUAUGGCGAGCAAUUCGUCCUACUGCUGAAGCUCGACUUGAAGUAGGAUCAAUUAAGAAUGUACCAAAAUCGACAAUAGAAAAUAUUUAUAGUUUUGCUCGUCUAUGUUUACCAAAAUGUGGUCUAAGUGUGAAGAAAGUCCGAAGCGAUAUUGCAGCGAACUUAAGAUUAGCUCAAUUCAACUCAAAAGUCGAUGAAAACAAUGUCCUUGCGGAAAGUCAAGCAACGAAUGAAAUUGAUUAUGACGAUGGUUUGAGCGAUUGUGAAGAAGUCGAACAUAACUUAGAGUUACUGUUGGAAAAAGGCAACAAUUAUUCGAUUACCGACGAUGAAGAACAAGAUGAUUAA